AAUAGAAGAGAUUAGUGUUAACGUGAUAUUGGCAACACAAGCAAUGAAUCUUACGACAGAAAAUUUCAAUGCCAUGUAUUCGGACUGGCUCACUCCUAAUACAGCCGUUCUUGGUAUCCUCCUCACGAUGGGGACUCUUGGAAACAGUUUCGCUCUUUAUCUGUACAUAGUUCGUGUUCCCCACACUGAUGAACGAUUUUUCAUUCCGUAUCUUGGAGCAGUGGAUUUAUUUGUGUGUUUAUGGUCGGGAACCUUUGCAAUAAUUCUAAACUUUUAUCGUGCAGAUUUUCCAUCGGCAAAACUAUGCAAAGUAAUGUAUUUUUUCUCGUGGGGAUCCAUCAACUAUUCUGCAUUACUUCUCUUAAUAAUAGCAUUUCAUAGGUACAAGAAAAUUUGCAGACCAGUAUCUUUACAAUGGACCAAACGAAAGAGUCGGCUCGCUGUUGGAGUUGCUGGAUUUUUAUCUUAUCUUCUGACUGUCCCCAUUCUGGUUUUAUUUGGUGAGAGAAAAGGACACAUCAUUUACACAGGAACCAAUGUUACGCUUAUAACAUGUAAUAUAAUGAGCUUUACUCGUGAGGUGAGCUUUUAUUAUUUGGGAUUUAUUAUCCUUUACUUUAUCAUCUUAAUGACAUUAAUCAUUAUAUUGUACUCUCUCAUUGGAUUGACAAUUUUCCGAACGUUUCGAGUCAUACGAGCCUCGAGAAAAGUUCAAAACCAUAUAACGUUCGACCGAGGACACGAAAGCACGAUUUCAGAAGUUUCAAAUACAACAAUGGAAGCAUCGAUGUCCACUUCUAAAGACGUUAAAAAAGAAAAUCAAACACAAAUCAAGAAUGUCAUUCGGAAACACGUUCGCCAGAAUUUUACCGGCAUGUUUGCCGCCAUAAUUGUGUUUUGGGUCAUUUCCUAUCUACCAACCAUUACGUUAAUAAUCAUACCAGCUGUUAAGAAUUCAAUAGAGUUUUGGUUUCAUAUGGACCCAGUAGCUACAAAUGUUUUACUUUUCCUCGACAGAGCAUUUUUGUUGAACCAUGUCGUUAAUCCAUUUAUAUAUGGAUACUUUGAUGUUGGGUUUCGUAAGGAAGCUGCGAAUUUAUUCUGCUGCCACAAAAUGUUAGCAAAUUAAUAGUUUUGUGUGAAAAAUUGAAAUUGAUCAAAUUAAAUACUACCACCUUAUUCAUUGUUUACUUCCUGGUAAAAGUUGGACAUGAUCACGAUAUAAAAUGCUGAAUCAAACGGAUAUAGUUUUAUACUAAUAUGUGCACGCAUGCAUGUUAAGUGCUGACAUCGUUCUAAACGAUUGUUUAAUGUUACAUACUGCACAUCAUACUUAGGAGAGCUUGAUGGUCCUAUCCAAUUUUAGAUUGAAUUUAACUCCCUUUUAAGAAGAGAUAAAAAGAUACACGAGUAGGAAAACAGCCAAAUUUGAAUGGUAAAAUAUAUGGAUUGCUUCUUUACUAAAGAAAAGUUAAUAGCUUAUCAAAUAAUCUUUUAAAAAAGUAGAUCUGAUAGUUAAUUUGUUGACCACCCAGUAUUUUUAACAUCAAAUUAAUGAUAUGGUGAGGAAUCAAUAUAAUUUACCUUAAGCAAUACUAUCGAUUUAAUAAUUACCAUAACAAUCUUCUGUAAGAUUCACAUAUUAAUCUUAUGCAAAAUCAUUUAAAUAAUGUUGAGACAUGCUGCAAAAAAUGCAAAUAGUGAGCAAAGCAGAAAAACUUGAAUGCCAUGUCAAUUAUAUAUUUGUUAACUAAAUUGUGCAAUUAAAUUGUCGAACUGAAGAAAAUGUAUUUCUGUUUUGAAUGUUUCAAAGUAGUGUAUGUAUAAAUGGAGUUUCUUAUACUGCUCCAUAAUCUUAUAUUUCAGCACAAACAUUGUCUAACAUUAUGGGAUUUAAUGCUUUAAUGAAAAUUAUUUAUAUUCAAUGAAAAACCAAAUAGUUAUUUCACAUAAUCAAUAUAACAACCCCAAAACCCAGUCUCUGCACCUCAUCACCCGUGUUUGGUUGAUGAAAUAAUAUGGAGGUUGAGAUUUAAAACGUGUACGAGUACGCGUACGUGUGUUAAAACUAUACGUACACGUACACGUUUUUGUAAUUUAUCAGUUGAGAUUUCUAACUUAAAGGAUAUAAA